AUGAUGACAAAAAACGUGAAUAAUCAGUCACCAUUAGUUGUGACUCAAAUACCAAGGAAAAAACAAUUUUAUAAAACAAAAAUGUGCCCAUGGUUUUUUUCGGGGCGUUGUGAUAGAGGUAUAGAUUGUUUGUUUGCACAUUCACAAGAAGAAUUAAAUCCAAUCCCUGAUUUAUCCUUUACUAGUUUAUGUCCAUUAGCAAAAAAAUCAGGAUUAUGUAAAAAUGAAAAAUGUAGUUAUGCACAUUCAGUAUGUGAAUUAAGGCCUACAGGUGAUUUAUAUAAAACUGCACCGUGUACUAAAUUUCUAAGAGGAAAAUGUAAUGCUGAAUCUCAUUGUCGGCAUGCUCAUUAUAUUGAAGAGUUAAGGCCAUUACCUGGAAAUAUAUCUCCAUCACAAAAUGCCAUAAAUUUGAUGUUAGCUGCACCUUUAACAACUUCUAUGCAAAAAAUGAAUAAACCAAAAAAUAAUUUUUUUAUGGAUGAAAACAGAGGAAAUAUAAAUAAUAAUAAUAAUAAUGGUGGUAAUGGAAAAAAAAAUGAAAAGGAUUUAAAAAAUGGUACAUCAAUAUCAUAUAAUAAUUAUUCGUUGCAAAAUGGUUUAAAUAAUACUCGAUUUGGAAAAAAGUAUACAAAAAAUGCAAGUGCUGAUAAUAGUAUAUUGUUAGGAGAUAAUAAUAUGGACAUAAACUCAAACAAUAGUAACAAUAGUAUGCAUAACCAUGUUACUUCAAAUAUGAGCAAUAAUAAUGAGCUAGGUAUUCAUAACAAUAUUAAUGAAAAUAUUCUUAACAAUAUAAUGAAUACUAAUAAUAAUAAUAAUAAUAAUAAUGGAAAUAAUCAUAUGAGCAAGCCAUAUAGAAAAAGUUCUUCCUAUUCAAAUAAAUUAUAUGCUCUCUUAAAAAGUAAAGAUAAUAAUAAAGAUGGAAAUAAUAUGAGCAACUUAAAAUUAAAACCCUUUUUAAUGAGCAAUCAUGAUAUGAAUAAUACUAACAACAGCAAUGGUAAUAAUAGUAGUGGAGGGAUAUUGAGCAACUUUAAUAUUAGAAAAAUCCAUAGUGCAGUAAAUAAAAAUAAUGAUAAUAGUAAUGGAGGAUAUAAAUCUAUAAAUGAAAUUAUGGGACAAGAUAUGAAUAUGAACUGUUCUAUAAAUAAUAACAAUAGAGGUGGAGCAGGAAAUUUAGUAAAAAAGGCUGGAAGUAUUACAAAUAGUAAUGGUAUGGUAAAAACAGGAAAUGGAAAUAUGGGAGGAUCAAAUAUGAGUAUUGGAAUGAAUGGAAAAAUUAAUUCAAAUGUAAGUAUGGCUAGUGGACAUAGUAAUAUGACUAACCAACAUUAUGGAAUGAAUAGAGGGCAAAAAAAUGAAGGACUUCAUUAUUCUUCAUUUUCAACUAAAGAACCUUCAUCACCUAUGAGAAUGGCAAGUAAUUCAUCUAAAGAAUAUGUUGAAGCUAAUGAAACAAAUUUAGUAGAUACAAUUGAACAUAUGGAAAUAACAGCACAAGAUAGUGUAUUAAAAGUUAUCGAAGAUGAUAAUGAAAAAUUUAAUUCUACUGAUAUCAAAAAGUUUUUUAAAUUAUUACAAAUGGCAAAUGCUAAUAAUUAUAAUGAUGAAAAUUUUUUAUAUAAUGAUGCAGAUAUGAAUGAAGGUGUUAAUAAUAACAUGUACGAGCAAUAUAAAUCUCCCUCUAUGUCAGGAAAUAUUAUGAAACAACAAAUGAACCCAGAUUUAUCACAUACAUCUGAGCAAUAUCCCCAAAAUAAUAAUAUACCUCACAUGAAAAAUAAUAUAAAUAAUAACAAUGUAAAUAAUAACAAUGCAAAUAAUAACAAUGCAAAUAAUAAUAAUAAUAAAUAUGACGUAAAUGACAAUAUUAAAAACAUUUAUAAAAUGAAUAAUAACAAUAAUUUGGCUGGUUGUUCCAAUUUCUGGAAUUUCCCAGAAGAUGAAUUCCCAGCACCAACUUCAAAAAUUGCACAAGAUGUAGAGAUAUUUGAUUAUUGA